ACCACCAUGACUUUCGCCAUGCUGCGGCCCGUGGCCACGCACUUGAUCUACUCGGACUUCGGCGUGACCUCCGAGGACGACGAGAACCGCAGCGAGAGCGACGGCAGCUCGGAGCAGAGCUACUGCGGCUCCGGGGUCGGGGAGAAGCGGCCGCGGGCGUCGCGGCCCCUGGAGGAGUCGGUGGUGGUGAUGAAGCAGCGCAGCGCGGCCAACGCCAGGGAGCGCGGCCGGACCCAGAGCGUCAACACCGCCUUCACGGCGCUGCGCACGCUCAUCCCCACCGAGCCCGUGGACAGGAAGCUCUCCAAGAUAGAGACGCUCCGACUGGCGUCCAGCUACAUCUCCCAUCUGGCCAACGUGCUGCUGAUCGGGGACGGCGGGGCGGACGGACAGCCGUGCCUGGGCGCCGUGCACGGGGAGAGCGGGGGGAAGCAGCCGCGCUCCAUCUGCACCUUCUGUCUAAGCAACCAGAGGAAAGGGAUUAAGGAUGGAAAGGACUGUUUGAAACUGCGAGGGCUGGGUCCGCUGCGGAUGAGGCGUUGACUGAAGAACCAGUGCGAGGCUAUAAGGAACCUGAAAAUCCUCAAAGACUUUCUCAGGGAAACGUGGGACCUGGUUUUACAGAGCUCGCACUCACGUACCUGUGCACAUGCUGGAUCAAAUGACGGAACUAAGAGACUAUUUAUUCUUGACUGAGACAUUUAGGCAUAGAACUUUCAAAGAUGCAGUGCAUUUGUUUGAAACUUAGGUGUUUUUGUCUUUUUAUCUGGCAGAAAUUUUAAAUAAAAAUAUAUUUUAUCAAAAUGAAA